AUGCAACCACCAAGAGUUCCCCCAAAGUUGGUGAUUCCUGAUAUGCCUCGGCCAGGCGACCGAUUCACCAGUGUGUACAAGUUAUUGCAGAAUUUAUAUGGACUCAAAGACGCGGGACGAACAUGGGGUCAAUUUCUCCACAAGGGAUUGAUUGACCGAGGAUGGCAACAAUCAAGCAUUGAUUCUUGCUUAUACACAAAACAGGACAUUAUAUUGGUACUUUACGUUGAUGAUGCCUGCCUCAUGUCUCCAAACAAAGCUUUGAUCAACAAAGAAAUCAAAUCCCUACAAGAACAAUACAACUUGACUGACGAUGGGGAACUACAAGACUAUCUUGGUACUCGUUUCACAAAACUACCUGACGGAUCAAUCCUUCUUGAGCAACCUCGCAUGAUUCAACAAAUAUUAGAAAUGGUCAGGCUCACUGCUGACCAAGUCAAAACUCAUGACAGCCCAGCUUCCAGUGCAAACAUAUUAGACAAGGACCCAGACGGCAAGGCACAUGAUUAUCCCUGGAACUACAGAUCAGUAGUAGGCAGCCUUAGUUAUCUACAAGCUAUGAUUUGCCCAGAUCUCACGAUGGCAGUACAACAGUGUGCUCGAUUUUGCAAUGAUCCAAAAGAAUCUGCAGGUACUUGCACUUGA